AUGGCCCUAUCAAGAUUGAUGAAAAAGAAAAAACACAAGAGACAACCCACUUUCAAGAAUGCGUCCUCUCCUACAACCGCCAUACAAUCACUUCCAAAAGACAUGUUGGAAAAGGUGGUUGCAAGGGUAGCUUCUCAUUCUUUCACUGACCUUCACAACAUGAAAAUGUGUUGUCGGGAUUUUCUUGAUGCUUCCGAAGAUAGUUACGUUUGGCAAAACGUUUCUUUGGACAAGUUCCCGCUAAUCCAAUGGUUUCCUAAUGACACUUCAUUUUUCUUUUUAAAACGUUGCAAGCAAAAUGGAAAUAUAGAGAGUGUGUGGAGAGAUGGAUUUCUAGAAUUCUUCUGUCAUCCAAACGGAAAUAUUGGUGGUCUUGAGAUCUUGAAGGUUGCUUCUGAAAAGGGUCACAUGGAAGCAAAAUAUAUGUAUGGUAUGAUACUAUUAUGCUCUGAAGAUGAUGAAUUAAGAAAAGAAGGCCUUGAACAUAUGCGUUUUUUGAGGAAGUCAAUGUGUGUCAUUGCAUGUAGAAAAAAAGUAGCACAAUUUGCAAAACAUCUGUGGAUAAAUAGAGCACUAGUACGUAAUCAGUCUCCUCUAUGUCGUCAUACGAGCACAUGCAAUGGAUGGGGAUUGAAGAAAGGUCGAUGGAUAUUACUAGACAAAGAUGAUGAUAAUUUUGACUCGUGCGAAUAUUGUAGAUGGGAUCAUGAGUUAAAAUUCUUUUACAAAUUAUUCAAUGUUACUCAGUACACUUUCUAUGAAUAA